GUGAAACUAUAAAUGUAUAAGUCCAAAAUAUCUUGAUAUAAAAACGCGAUAAACAGCAGUACAUUGCAUUACAACUCUAGCUGACAUUAUACAUAAGAAUUUGACUCUACAUUGUUUUAUGUCUCGCGAUCACGAUAUGUUCUCGAAUGUGGAUUUUCAUACAUUUAGGUUAUAUAAAUAUGCCUUGAGAGAAAACAUUUUCCUUUCUCAAUCGUACGCACCGCGGAGGCAUGGCGUUUGACAGAACAGAGAGAUUCGUGGAAGUGGCCACGUCGACUCUCGCUCGAGUGGGCCCGGGGACUUACGAUGUAUUGGAUCCAUCAGAGCCAGCUCGAGAUCCGGACAACGCUUAUCCAUUUUUGAGCGGAGCCAGCAGGCAGACACUCGGCAUACCAAAAGACGCGCAUAAGUUUCCGGGUCCUGGCUCUUACAAUAUAGAGGCGCCGCGGAAACGUAUACCAGGUGGUGUAAGUCUCGAUUACACCGACGUUAGAUUUCGAGAAAGAGUGCGUGAGGGACCGGGUCCCACAGAGUACACCUUGCCGAACGAUUUGUUUAAGGAGAGCCCACGAAAAAUAAGAUCCCAUCCGGGCACUUGGCGUGGUUCCGCAGGCAAACUAUGGCUGAUCCGUCCUCUGCGACCGUUCUCGAUAGGCCUCUCCGUUCCUUCGAAACGUGACUGCGGAUUCGACUACGACGAACGAGGCGUACUUGUAAAAAAUCCGGUCAUCGAGGAUGAGCCGACCGACUUUUAUGACGUUCCCCGAGGGGAGACAAACAUUACCGCUCUGAAGUACAAAGGAAACUUUUGGAGCAGAAUGAAGGGUAAAGAUGACGAACGGACUUCCGUGACCCCGGGUCCCGGGGAGUACGAGCACGAAACAAAGAAAAGUCCCGCCCAAAUCCAAAACGAGAGAACUAGGGAAGCGAAAAGAGCCGCCGCUAAGCAGCCGCGUUUCUUGGAAGCUUUGUACCAGCAAAAAUUACGCCAAAACUUUCCAGCUCCCAAUCAUUACGGCCUACCAAAAAGCGUGUUCGAUAAGUACAAGUUACGUAUCCCGUGUAAAUGUGACCCUCUUACCGGAAAACCGCCGCCAUUCAAUCAAACUGCGAAGAGAUUCGAGGAGAAUAUUCAAUUAGAUACACCCGGGCCUGGCGCGUACGAAAUCACGGCUCCGCAAAUUUGUUACGGUUCUAUUCUCCACGCACCUUUUAGCGCUGUCGAUGAGCGUUUCAAAAGAAUUAUGGAGGUGGUGACGCCAGGUCCCGCGGAUUAUCACACGGUUGUCGGAACUUUGGCUUUUGAAUCCGCAAAGCGUUUUAAAAAUAAAUAUCAAAAAAUGUUUGAUUACGUAAAAUUUUACAAAACAUUGUCAUCAAUAAGCGACGAUGACGAAUACACAAUCGAUGAAUGUAAAGUGUUGAAAGAAGUAGACAAAGAAAAAUAUCCGGUAUACCAUGCAGUCUUCAAAUCAAGAGUGGAUAGAUUUCCAAAAAUUCGCAAUGGUGAUGUAUCGGAUUCAGGUGCUUACGAAGUUUUAUCAGCCUUCAAGGCUAAUCGUGAUAGAUGCGAGUUCCUUUGUCGACGAUUAGCUCCACCCUUCGGCUCACGCGCCAGUCGGUUUCCGAUGAUACUGAAAGGCGAUUUCCAUGUACCAGGUCCAGCGCACUACGAUCUCAGGGGAGAUAUAUCAAAGAACGUGAAGAAUGGCGUGAUAUAUUCCGCUCCUCGUGAAAAAAAGGAGCAUUUCAAAGGACCAGGGCCAUUGCAUUAUCACAUACAUCCAUAUAUUACGUCAUCCAUUUUGAAAAAGUCAUUCAAUGUCAGUCUCGGUAAACCAAGAACCAUAGAAAGAAUGAAAUCCAAGAAUGAGAUCCAAACUCCUUGGCAUCAUAGACGACCGAAGAAAACACUUCGUUGGUUCGCUGUACCUCGCGAAAGAUAUCAACAUUGUAUUUUUCCAUGAUAUUUAUUGAUUAAUAAAUUAAUAAGUUUUGUGAAGCUCCAGAUAAGAAAAUCUCAAAUAUAUAAUUAUUAUAAUCGUAUUGUAUUAAUCUUUGAUAAAAGCCUUUUUAUGUGUCUUUUAAAAA